AUGUCCAAUUCGUCCGCUUCUACUGCUGUCGCCGGGGGCAAUGCUGCCAAAGAUGAAACCGCCUCUACCAUCACUGUAAAUACCGCAAAGGCAGCGCCCAACUUCCCGCCGCCCAAGACCGACAAGCCGCGCCCUCACGUUUGCGCGACUUGCCAGCGCUCCUUUGCUCGGUUGGAGCACCUGAAACGACACGAGAGAUCCCAUACCAAGGAAAAGCCAUUUGAAUGUCCAGAGUGUGCAAGAUGUUUUGCCCGGAGAGACCUGCUGCUGCGUCACCAGCAGAAGCUGCAUCAGACCACGACCCCGUCGUCCCGGCCGAGGAACCGUCGUGAAAGCGCAAGCAGCACCGCCCCGGCCAAGAGCCGAGCUCGUCAGAACAGCGUUGCCAAUGCCAAUGCCGCCACUGCUGCCGCCGCCAACGCCGCCGCCGCCGCCAACAUGAGGCCAAGGGCAAACACCAUCAGCCAUGUCGACAAUGCCGCCAUGCAGAUGAUUGCCGCCGCCAACGCUUCCGUCGCCAGAAGCCAACAUCAGCCCUCACACAACCGCCAUGCGAGCCUCAUUGGCCUGCCCAUGCACAACAUGGAUCACGCCUUUGGUGGCAUGUCCAACGUCAUGGGCCAGAGAGGCAUGUCUCACGGCUUGCCCAAACUAGACACACACGCCAUCAAUAACAUGGACUUUGGCGCUGGCUUGCGGACUGCUCCUGCUCUGAAUUUCGGCCAGCCUGACUUCGACUUCGAAGGUCUGUUGUUCGGCCAGCCUGGCACAACCAUUAACCCAAAUGCCUUGCACUAUGGCGAAUCCCCUCAUUCCAUGGCCCUGGAACAGACCUCCCCGUUCGGCAUGGGUAUGAACGAUGUGUCUACCAGCCAGCACUUGGAUGAGAAUUUCGACUGGUUGACUGGAUUUGAGCAGAAUAUGUCUUUCACCAACCCAAACGAGCAUGCAAUUGAGAGCAACUCGCCCUCGGCCAUGAGCACGACCAGCCAGAGCGGCAUCAGCGAUGUCAUGGUAGAUGGAUCCAACCAUCCGGCCGUCUCGGCAGCUACCAGUUCCAUGUGGCAGCCCGCCAUCAUGGGCCCGCCGACCACCAACAGCAGCGCAUUCUCUCUAGACCAACUGAGCGCCUCCGUCUUCCCCGAUCUCCUGGGUGGGGCUCCAGUGUCACCCCAGCCACCGGCCUCGAAGCCCGUAGACAACAUAUACUUUUCGACGCCGCCACAAUCAAUGAGCUCCUUGAGUCCAUCGGCCAUCUCUGGACUGAGCACGCAGAAUUUGAGCCAAGCUCUCAACAGCUUCGGCAAUGGUCCUGAGACUCCUACAUCGCUAGGUAGCCAUCAUGGACAUUCCCCGGUUUCUACCAUCACAGAAGCAACCAGGGCCGCAAUCGUGAGUGCCCUCUCGCAAUGCGUUCCAUCUUUCGGUGGACGCAAAUACUCCUUUCCUACGCCAAGUUCUCCGCUGUCCCCUCAGAACCAGCUUUAUGGAGAGAGUAUCCCGGAGUAUGCUAAGAAUUUACCCAGCACUCAUGAUUUGCAACGUUACGUUGCCUCUUAUCUUCGUUAUUUUCACCCUCAUAUGCCGUUUUUGCAUGUUCCGACCCUUUCGUUCGACAUGCCAUCAAAGUCCACAAGUUCCAAGGUUAGCUCUGUAGGAGGAAGUGGCUGCCUCAUCCUGUCCAUGUCAGCCAUCGGCGCUCUUUACGAACACGAACCUUCACCGUCCAAGGAAUUGUUUGAGAUGGCCAAGAAAAUGAUCCAGCUAUAUCUGGAAGAACGUCGUAAGGCAGACGUCCGAAAGGCCGAUUUCCGUCGAACUCCAAUGUCCGACCACGGUUCUUCCGAGUCAUCGCUCCAUACUCCGCUUUGGCUCGUUCAGGCUAUGCUCCUGAACGUCAUCUAUGGGCACAACUGUGGCGACAAGACAGCGAGCGACAUAGCAUCCACCCACUGCGCUGCUCUGGUCAGUCUGGCGCAAGCAGCUUGCCUGUUACGCCCAAUCAAUCUGGACUCCCCUGACAACCGUGAUCUUCAACUCAACGAUGCGGAGGGUAGUUGGAGUGGAAUCAAAGCCGAAUCUGAAGACCACGCCGAGUGGCUCAGGUGGAAAACCAUGGAGGAGAGAAAACGGACGCUCUACAUCAUCUUCAUUCUUUCCAGUCUGCUUGUCUCUGCUUACAAUCAUGCACCAGCCUUGACAAAUUCGGAGAUCCUCCUAGACUUACCAUGUGACGAGGAGUUCUUCGCCGCCGAGAGCACUGCCGCCUUCCAACUCAAAGGCGGUGUUCGCGCGGCCGGCCAUAACCGCAUGUCCUUCCACGACGCUCUUGGUGAGUUGCUCCGCGCGAACGACAAGCAGCAGAGGUUAGCCUUGAACGGCCAUCAGCCUUUUGGAUCAUCCAUACACCUGGGCGAUAUACCCAAGAGUGAAUUGAGGCCAAGCACCUUCGGGUGCUUGGUCUUGAUCAACGCGUUACACAAUUACAUCUGGGAAACUCGCCAGCGUCACCAUAACAAGGUCUGGACCAACGAGGAAACUGAGAAGAUGCACCGUCAUAUUGAACCAGCACUUAAGGCAUGGCAAGCUGCUUGGGCCAGCAACCCUCACCAUAGCUUAGAACGGCCGAAUCCCUUUGGCAUGGGGCCGUUGUCCGCUGAUUCGAUACCGCUAUUGGAUCUAGCAUAUGUCAGACUGUUCGUGAAUCUUUCUCGCUCAAAGGAGAAGUUCUGGCAACGGGACUGGGAUGGUCUAGCAGAGGAGCUUUCUCGUGGGACGGAGAUCAUUCAACACGCACAGCACUCGCCAGCUUCCAACGCUGAAUCAUCGACAGAUCCAUCCGACGUGUCGGUUGCCAGUUCGGUAUUUGUUGAUUCGCCGUCAACCCAAGCAUCUUCGUCCCCAGAGUUUGCUACGGCCAAGUUUCCCCAAAUGCAGCAACCAUCAAACCGGGUUAUCUCCAAGCGGGAGAAACAUCUGCGCAAAGCAGCAUUUUAUGCAGCGGACUCACUUGCGAUGGCUGACAAACUUGGUGUCACCUUCGCCGAUUUUACAAGCAAGGAACUACCCAUGCAGUCAGCCUUGUGCGCGUUUGAUUGUGCACAAGUCUUGGCUGAAUGGAUUGCGACCUUGCAAGAUCGUGUUGGCCGGUAUCUCGGAGUGCUGGGACAAGAUGACGUAGAUCUCGCCCAAGUACCUGCCAUCAUGCUUUUGGAGGAGGAGGAUGUGAAGCUUCUGAGCAAAGUUCAAGAAGUCCUCAACAGUGCCGAAAUGAAAAUGAGCCUAGACCUUGUGAGCGGCAAUAUCAAUACUGGAAUCGACGCUCGGAUGCAGAUGGACGACCACAGCGGAUUUGCUGCCAAGAUUCUCCGCUUGACAGCAUAUAUGAUGGAUAAAUCUGCUGUGUGGCCCGUCACGCAUUUGAUGGCCCGCUGUCUCGAGACUCACGCCAAUCACAUGCGAGCUCGUGCUGAGAAAUCGGUGCUUUCCAGCGAUUGA